CCCCCAGCCCACACCUCAGGUCUGCAGCUGUGUCCUGCCUCCUCUCAGGUGGGCCAUGGCUGGGACUUGGCUGCUGCUUCUCCUGGCCCUCGGGUGUCCAGCCCUGCCUACAGAUCACGUUUCCUUGCCUUCCUCCCCAGAGGCAACCUCUCUCCUGAGGCUGGCACAACAGGGUGUGGGCGGCACACCCUUCCCCUCUCUGGCUCCCCCAAUCACACUGCUGGUGGACGGGAAGCAGCAGAUGCUGGUGGUCUGCCUGGUCCUUGAUGUUGCUCCCCCUGGCCUUGAGAGCCCCAUCUGGUUCUCAGCUGGCAAUGGCAGUGCACUGGAUGCCUUCACCUACGGCCCUUCCCCAGCCGCGGACGGUACCUGGACUAGCCUGGCCCAGCUGUCCCUGCCUUCUGACGAGCUGGCAUCCUGGGAAACCUUGGUCUGCCACACCGGGGCUGGGGCUGGGGACCACAGCCAGAGCACACAGCCCCUACUGCUGUCAGGAGAGAUUCCCUCAGCUAGGACCUGCCUCUGGGAACCCCUUACAGGGACUCCGGACGAGGUACUGCGGCUCGGGGCGUUACGGCUGCUGCUGUUCAAGCUGCUGCUAUUUGACCUGCUCCUGACCUGCAGCCGCCUCCGCGCCCAUACCGCCGCCUGGGGGCACCCGCCUGGGGAGUCCCGCCCGCUGGACCCCGGCUUCUCCACCCCUGCCCUGGGCCCGCAGCGUCGGCCGCCAGCAGAACCCUGCGCUCGCACCGACUGGAGUCACCGCAGUGAAAGGGGCAUCGCAGGCCAAGGGCAGCCUGGGGCCGGCUGCAGGGUUCACACUCGCCCUCCGGGUCCGGGUCCGCAUCCCAGCAGGAGCCCAGUCUGGGAGGAGGGGGCACUCUCCACCCACCCAGCCUGGGCCUGGUGCUCAGGACCCGCGCCCAGGUUCCCUACCUCUUGCCUUGGAAGAUUUGUGUGUGACCUGCCUCCUCCCGCAGCCCAGAACUUCCUAGGGGCGAGGCUGUCUCCACCUUCCGACCGAGACCCUUCUGAGAGAAAAGGCUGCGGGUCUCUCAUCAGACUGGGAGCCCCUGGAGGGCUGUGACUGACCCAGGCACUGGGACCUGUGAGGUGCAGAUAACUGAGGACUAUUAAAGGAGAAUUUAAGCGGCACAAGCAAAUGAAAAAAAA